ACUGCCAAGCAGAUUUGAUGCCUUUCUAAGCCUCGUUACUUCUUUUAAGCGGAAAUGAAACCUCUUUUAAACAUGUGGAGCUUUCUGGUGGUCCUAUCCAGCAUCUUUAAGGUGGCGUCUUCGAAUCCUAUCUCUGCUCCCGUUGGAGGAAGCGUCACUUUAGAGUGUUCUCAUUUUUGGGCUUUUUUGAGCACCAAAUAUUUCUGCAGAGACUCUUGUGCUGUAGAGAAUAUCCUCAUUCAGUCGGAAACGAGAGAGAAUCCCACUCGCAGAGAGAGAUACACAUUAUAUGACAAAGGCUCGGACUUCACUGUGACCAUUGCGGAUCUGCAGCUGUCAGACUCCGGCACCUAUGUCUGUGCAGUGGAAAGACUUCUCAAAGACACAUACAUGUAUCUGACUCUACAUGUGACUGAGGCAGGUGUAACCAGACCAACUACAUCAAGAGCAUUCACAGACAAAACAGAUUUGUUCGAGAGUAAAGAAACACUAGUGACCAGGCCAUGGACUACACUCACUUCAACAGAAACAAUGCGCAGAUCAGCACUCUCUGAUCCUCUGGUUUAUGUCGGAGCAGGUCUUGGUGUUCUCCUGCUGACUUUCGCAGCUGCUUUCUUCAUAUUCAUCAAACUAAAGUACAAGCAGAGCAGAUGCUUUUCCAGUGUAACAUCAACACAUGAGCCUGAGUAUGUCAAUUAUACCACAGCAAACUUCCCUGAGCAACCUGACACUCUGAACUAUUCCUCUGUGGCGUUCCUCAAAAAAACAGACUCCAGAGUGGAGAACAGUGAGAAUAAUCCAGCAGAAACACAUUAUUCAUCUGUUAAAUUAAAAACUACUGAUCAGGACUCAGUCAUCUACUCCACAGUGUCUGCAGUUUAGCUCACUUUUACAAGUUUGCUUUUAAUUUAUGGUUUAAAUGCAUGUCUGCUAUUCAUUCAUUCAUAUUCUUUUUGGCUUAGUCCCUUUAUUAAUCACAGCAGAAUGAAUCGCCAAACUAUCCAGCAGCGGAUGCCCUUCCAGAUGCAAUGCAUCACUGGGAAACACCCAUACACUCUCAUUCACACACGUACACUACAGACAAUUUUGCUUAGCCAAUUCCCCUAUAGCGCAUGUGUUUGGACUAUGGGGGAAACCGGAGCACCCGGAGGAAAUCCACGCCAACACUGGCAGAACAUGCAAACUCAACACAGAAACGCAAACUGACCCAGCCAAGGCUCGAACCAGUGACCUUCUUGCUGUGAGGCGACUGUGCUACCCAUUUCACCACCAUGCCACCUCUGUUAUUCUUAGCAUGAUGCUAUGUAUAUUAAAAUCUGUUCCCCGUGUGCAUUAGAAUAUGUUUUGCUCAUGGUUUAUAUUAAAAAAUGUUAUAUAAUUUCAUCAUGGUUUGUAGAAGACACCCACUAAACGAUAAUUAUUGCACCAGUACACAUUACACAUUUUAUUUUGAAGAUGGAAGAACGUAAACUGGAAUUUGCAU